AUGGCGGAGCGCGGUCAGCUCCCUGCCCCCGCCAAGCGCCUCUGCUGCAGACCCGGCUAUGGCUCGGGGUGCAGGCCGGGCCAGCGGGCGGGCGGCGCCGGACCCGGCAGCGGGGCGCUAUGCGCCGGACCCUCCUCCGCAGCUGCCGCCGCCGCCCUGGGGCUGCUGCCACUCGGCAAGACUCAGAGCCCCGAGUCCCUGCUGGACAUCGCGGCUCGCAAGGUGGCGGAGAAGUGGCCCUUCCAGCGGGUGGAAGAGCGGUUCGAGCGGAUUCCGGAGCCGGUGCAGCGCAGGAUCGUCUAUUGGUCCUUCCCCCGCAGCGAGAGGGAGAUCUGCAUGUACUCCUCCUUCAACACCGGCGCCGAGGACCCCGCCGCCGCCCCCGGGGGGGCCGCCACGGCGCCCGGCGGGGCCGUGGACGCCGCCGCUGCCGCCGACGAGAACCGCCUGCCCUUCCGCAGGGGCAUCGCUCUGCUCGACGGCGGCUGCGUCGAUAACGUCCUGCAAGUCGGUUUCCACUUGAGUGGCACAGUGACAGAGCCUGCAAUGCAAUCGGAGCCAGAAACUGUUUGCAAUGUAGCUAUCAGCUUUGAUCGUUGCAAGAUUACCUCAGUGACCUGUAGCUGUGGAAACAAGGACAUAUUUUACUGUGCCCACGUUGUGGCACUCUCUUUAUACCGGAUCCGCAAGCCAGAUCAGGUCAAACUGCAUCUUCCCAUUUCAGAGACACUCUUUCAAAUGAACAGAGACCAACUACAAAAAUUUGUACAGUAUUUGAUCACAGUGCACCACACCGAAGUUUUGCCAACUGCUCAAAAAUUAGCAGAUGAAAUUCUUUCUCAGAAUUCAGAAAUCAAUCAAGUCCAUGGUGCUCCUGACCCAACAGCGGGUGCUAGCAUAGAUGAUGAAAACUGCUGGCAUUUGGAUGAGGAACAAGUCCAAGAACAGGUUAAACUCUUCCUCUCCCAGGGCGGAUACCAUGGAUCAGGGAAGCAGCUCAAUUUGCUUUUUGCAAAGGUGCGAGAGAUGCUAAAGAUGAGAGAUUCAAAUGGAGCUCGCAUGUUGACGUUGAUAACAGAACAGUUCAUGGCUGACCCUCGUCUGUCGCUUUGGAGACAACAAGGAACUGCAAUGACUGACAAGUAUAGGCAGCUCUGGGAUGAACUGGGUGCUCUGUGGAUGUGUAUAGUCUUAAAUCCCCACUGCAAGUUGGAGCAGAAGGCCAGUUGGCUAAAACAGCUGAAAAAAUGGAACAGUGUGGAUGUUUGUCCCUGGGAAGAUGGAAACCAUGGAAACGAGCUGCCCAAUUUAACCAAUGCUUUGCCUCAGGGUGCAAAUGCUAACCAAGAUUCAUCGAACAGGCCACAUCGGACGGUGUUCACUCGAGCCAUUGAGGCGUGCGAUCUGCACUGGCAGGACAGCCACUUACAGCACAUUAUCAGCAGUGACCUAUACACCAACUACUGUUACCAUGACGACACUGAAAACUCGCUCUUUGACUCUCACGGGUGGCCCCUCUGGCAUGAACAUGUUCCUACAGCCUGCGCAAGGGUGGACGCACUACGAUCUCAUGGAUACCCACGAGAAGCACUGAGGCUAGCAAUAGCGAUUGUUAAUACACUAAGAAGGCAGCAGCAGAAACAGCUGGAGAUGUUCCGGGCUCAGAAGAAAGAACUUGUCCACAGAGGAGUAACCUCGAUAACGAAUCUUGAAGGUUGGGUGGGACACCCUUUGGACCCUGUUGGCACCCUCUUCAGUAGCCUGAUGGAAGCCUGCAGAGUGCAUGAUGAGAGCUUCCAUGGAUUCUCAGACUUCACAGAGAACAUGGGGCAAUGCAAAUCUCUGGAGUACCAGCACCUGCCUGCACACAAGUUCUUAGAAGAAGGGGAGUCUUACUUAACGCUGGCUGUGGAAGUAGCAUUGAUAGGGCUGGGACAGCAACGAAUAAUGCCAGAUGGCUUGUAUGCACAAGAGAAGGUUUGUCGAAAUGAGGAGCAGCUCAUUUCUAAGCUACAGGAAAUUGAAUUGGAUGAUACUCUGGUGAAGAUUUUUCGAAAACAAGCAGUCUUCCUAUUAGAAGCUGGACCAUAUAGUGGUUUAGGUGAAGUCAUCCAUCGAGAGAGCGUUCCAAUGCACACAUUUGCCAAGUAUCUCUUCACCUCUCUCCUACCUCAUGAUGCUGAAUUGGCAUACAAAACUGCACUGAGAGCCAUGCGGUUGCUAGUAUUGGAAUCUACAGCUCCUUCAGGAGACAUGUCCCGCCCGCACCACAUUGCAUCAGUUGUUCCGAACCGGUAUCCCCGCUGGUUCACCCUAAGUCACAUUGAAUCCCAGCAGUGUGAGCUGGCAUCGACCAUGCUAACAGCAGCCAAAGGUGAUGUUCGGAGGCUGGAGACAGUGUUAGAAUCCAUCCAGAAAAAUAUCCACUCCUCAUCACACAUCUUCAAACUUGCCCAGGAUGCAUUUAAAAUAGCAACACUCAUGGACAGCUUGCCAGACAUCACUCUUCUGAAAGUUUCUCUGGAGUUGGGCCUUCAGGUGAUGCGGAUGACGCUGUCAACACUGAAUUGGCGACGGCGGGAAAUGGUGAGGUGGUUGGUAACAUGUGCAACAGAAGUAGGUGUUUAUGCACUGGAUAGUAUCAUGCAAAACUGGUUUACACUUUUCACUCCAACAGAAGCCACUAGUAUUGUUGCUACAACAGUGAUGUCCAACAGCACCAUCGUCCGUCUGCAUCUGGACUGCCAUCAGCAGGAGAAGUUGGCCGGCAGUGCUAGGACGCUUGCUCUACAGUGUGCCAUGAAGGAUCCUCAAAACUGUGCCCUCUCUGCACUGACCUUAUGUGAAAAGGAUCACAUAGCUUUUGAGACCGCUUACCAAAUCGUUCUAGAUGCUGCUACAACUGGCAUGAGCUACUCGCAGCUUUUUACUAUAGCACGAUACAUGGAGCACCGUGGUUACCCCAUGCGGGCCUACAAGCUGGCCACUUUGGCCAUGACGCAUCUCAACCUGAGUUACAAUCAGGACACACACCCUGCCAUUAAUGACGUUCUGUGGGCAUGUGCGCUCAGCCACUCCCUUGGGAAAAAUGAGCUAGCAGCUAUAAUACCUCUGGUGGUCAAAAGUGUCAAAUGUGCAACAGUACUGUCAGACAUUUUGCGUAGGUGUACUUUGACCACUCCUGGCAUGGUGGGACUUCAUGGAAGGAGGAACUCUGGUAAGCUCAUGUCACUGGACAAAGCCCCUUUACGGCAACUCUUGGAUGCCACGAUUGGAGCCUACAUUAAUACAACGCAUUCACGUCUCACUCACAUCAGCCCGCGACACUAUAGUGAGUUUAUAGAGUUCCUCAGCAAGGCCCGAGAGACCUUCUUAAUGGCUCAUGAUGGUCACAUCCAGUUUACACAGUUUAUUGACAACCUAAAACAAAUCUACAAAGGCAAGAAGAAACUGAUGAUGCUGGUUCGUGAGCGGUUUGGUUGAUGAA